ACUCCUCUGUUCUAGGAAGUAGCAAGUAAGAAGGAGCAAGCAACUCUGGAUUGAGCAUUGAUGGUGGUGGUGAGGGUAGCAGAACUGUAGAAGUGUGUUCCCGUGAAGAUAUGUGUCUGAAAGUGUGAAUGUGAGCCCUAGAAAACCUCAAUCGAGUCCUGGCCAAAGCUACCGUGUCAAAUAGUGAUUUUCAAUACUACCCACUGCCCCUCCCUCAGUGACAGCUGCCUGCAACCUUUUCAUCCUGCGAAAAUGAGUCGAAUGGUAAUGAUUGGCUCCUCCCGGGAUCCCAAGCCCGAUCCUCUCCAAGAGCUGGAUAUCGAUGAGCUGGUGGAACGACUCACCCCCGGCGAGAUCCAACGCUUGCUGGAUGAAUGUGACCCCGAUGACCCGCACAUUCCACCCUCCAUGAGGAGCAACUACAAAUGCGAGAAAUCCUCCACGGGUCCCUUGAAUCGCAAGGCCCUCAUGGACUUCAUCAACGAGCAAGCCUUGAAUACGCCUGACAUUCCUGAUGUGGUACCCUUUGUGCCGGGAACCGUUCGUGGGAAGAAAUGGCAGGCUCCACCCAAGCCCGAAAGCACCAAACUGGAGGAGAAGAUCGAGCUGGACCUCGACAUGGGCGAGGAGUACGAGAUGGCUCUGUCCUCGGCCUCGACGGAUGAGAUCGUGGAUCUGGCUGGUAUUUUGGGUCUGCACUCGAUGAUGAACCAGGAUCAGUUCCACUCGGCCCAAUCGGACAAAUGGGCUACCAAAGCCGAUCCUACCAUCGGCUGGAACGGAAUCACCAAGGCCACCCCGCUCAAGGAGUAUCCAGCCGAGGAGCCCAACCGCACCAAACCGGAGGAUGUGGUCUCCAAGCUGAAGGCUGGAGACAGCUCCGUAGCCACUGUAAACCUAAACAAUGUGGCCAUGAGCGAGCAAACCAUCCUGGACCUCUUCGACGCUCUUCGACAUUCGGAUGUUCUCAUUGAUCUAUCGAUGGCCAAUUGCAUGAUCACGGACUUUGUGGGCUGUAACUUGGCCACGGCGCUCGAGUCCAACAAAACCUUGGAAAAGCUCAACAUCGAGUCGAAUAGCAUCACGCCACAGACCCUUGUCAAAAUAUUCGAGGCAGCAAACGUUCAACAAGUCCUGACGAAUAUCAAGGCCAGCAAUCAACAAGCUCAGUUCUUGGGGAACAAAGUGGAGAUGGCCAUCACUCGAGCCGUGGAACAGAACAAGACCUUGCUGAAAGUGGGCCUUCACUUUGAAUUUGGUGAUUGCAGAAAUCGUGUGGCAGUCCAGUUGCAAAAGAAUCUGGACCGAAUUCGACUCAAAAGAAUGGCUCACAAACUUAGUCGGGAUGAGAGCCAACCUGCGACCAAUGGCAGCUCAACCAACAACUCGGUUCCACCUCCAUCGGUCUCCAGUAAUCGCACUGGAGGCUAUUUCGGACCUCUGCCGGGUCAAUUGCCCACCAGGCAUAAAUCACCCGAAGAUGAGGACGAAUAUGAGUAUGAAGAUGAAGAAGAGGAGGAAGGUGACGAAGAGCGUCGUUAAGAAAAGGCGAAAGCACCCGCGUCUGUGAGAUGAUGUCGACGAUUGAAGUGACUGACACACCCAUUUUCGUUUUGCCCUGGCUAGCAUGGGACAAGAUCAAUUCCCAUGCCCCACCCAUUCCUCCCUCUUUCCUCAACGACUUUUUUUUUAUUGUUUUUAAUGAAGGUGUUGUGCCUCGUUUUUUGAUACAAUCAUUUCGUGCCUGUCAGAAAUGUUUCUCCUCCUUUUUUAUUGCAAUCUUGUUUCACUUAAAUGGAGUCAUGUUCCCUAUUUUUCUGGCGCCACCCGUGAAUAUUUAUACCUUUUCGUGCUCCUUGGCUAGAUGCCGAACCAUUGAAUGGUUUUUAGUCAAAACACCAUGGCCGAAAAAAAAACACCAGAAACAUCCUUCACGAGUUUUAAUGGCUUUGCAUGCAAAUUUGUGGAAGAUGAUGAUGAAAAAGACAACCCUCUGUCCGAGUUCAAUGAUUUUGACAAGCGCGCAACCAACCUGGAAAAAAGGCGUUCUGCCAUUUAUUCCUACGCUUCGAAGCAAACUCCCGACACAUUUCCGACAUUUUUGGCACCUCCAACCACACCCACAACCGAGCAGACACUCCUCUGCCUGCUCUUUUUUCCUGUAAAUACCAACCUCAACCAUUCAAGUCAGUUCUGUUGCUCUAAAUAUUAUCUUAGUUAUUGAUGUUAUACUAUCAAUAGAAUUUUGCUGCUAUCCUUAUUCCAUGCCCUAAAAACCUGAGUAGCCAGAUAUCUUGCACGUUAUAGUUCAUCUCGAAGACGAAUUGUCUCCUAGAUUGCUUUAUUUUCUAAAUAAAUCGUGUCUCCAAAGCA